AAUUCUUACACUUACUUACACUAAAUAUUGUAGAGAAGCAACGCUUCGGUAUUUUUCUCCCAACAUUACUUCAGAGCAGAUUUAGUCACUGGCUUACGAUGACUAUCGAUUACAUAAUUACUAUGAUUUGCGAACGAAAACUAGUAUCUAUUAACUAUCUUCUUUGGCCGUUUUGUAAACAUUAUAUAGUGAUAUUACGUCAUUCUAGCAAUCAAAAUAAUAGUACGUGCCUUAUUAUAAACAUGGCAGGAGGAAUCUAGCGCAUUCGUCUUUCGAUUGUUAAGACAUAAGUGAAGGUGAAUGGCUGUGUUUAUUAAGUCGCGAAAAUCUCCUCGCACACUGGACAGAAAUUAAUAUUGUUUUAUAUUAGAAUAGGAUUGUUUUUAUAAAUAUGCUGUAUCGUCAUGGAAUCAUUCAUCCAUUGUCCUUCGCUAUUUUUCUAUCAUUAUUAAAAGAGACGCGUUUUCAUUCGGUUCUCUCUCAACGGCUGUACAAAUGUGGGCCUUGGUGAUUUCAUCUAUUUUCGUUAUAAUUUUUUCACCUAUGUCAAAUUUUAAUGUCAUGUGCUUAAAUGACAGUGAACUGACAAUGGACUUUAUAGAACCACGAAGCAGAGCCCAAAGAGAAAAUUCAGUGUUCGACGCGUUUCACAGUUUUUUCUCUAAUUUAAAAAGCUUUUUCGGUGCAAAACCGAAGGGAUUCGAAGAGAAAAAGAAACGUGUGAAAUCUGCGUUUACUAAGUUUUUUGAAGAGAUAAACAAAACCCCGUCACAGCCAGGAGACCCGCGUGCUCUGGAGGCGCAAUAUUUUGGCUCGGGGGCGGCAGGACCAAGGUUAAGAAACUUUUACUCUCGAAGAGUUUUUAAUAUAAAACCUGAAACAAGUGCUGAUCAGUUAAUCACAGCACACGGGUACAGAGUAGAGUCACACACCGUAUUGACUGCUGACGGAUAUAUGAUAACUAUGCAAAGAGUUUUACCAGAAUCUGGUAAGAUUCCUAAGCGAGCAGUUCUACUCAAUCACGGCUUAUUUGGUUGUGCUGAAGACUGGCUCUUUUUAGGACGAGACAGAGCCCUACCUUACAUGCUAGCAGACACCGGGUAUGAUGUUUGGUUACUCAAUGCCCGAGGCAAUAGAUACUCGAGGAUGCACACAAACAAAAGCAAAGAGAGAACAGACUUCUGGGAUUUUUCAUUUCAUGAAAUGGGUGUAUAUGAUUUGCCAGCUGUUAUUACGUACAUAAGUGAAAUCACAAACAAAGCUGAACUGAACUAUGUUGGCCACUCGAUGGGAGGAACUGCGCUACUCGUACUUUUAUCUAGAAUACCUGAAUACAAUUUCAUAUUAAGAUCCGCCAUUCUUCUAGCACCGUUAGUGUUUAUGUACCACGUAAAAGGUCCAAUAAGGCUGCUAACAGAUUUCUAUAAUAGGAAUGGUCAGAGUUCCUUGAAUUUUCUUGGACAAACGGAUUUUUUGCCAGAUGGAUUAUUUCCAGAACAAAUCGUGGAAAGGUAUUGUAAAGGUGAAGAAAGAUUAUGUUUGAACCCUCUGCUAUUACUUGCAAAUGGAGGAAGAGAAUUAGUAAGUGAAGAAAUUAUAGAAAACAUACUUAGUCAUACUCCUGCUGGAGGAUCGGUCAAGACGAUAAUACAUUACGUGCAGUUAGUAAAGAGUGGAUAUUUCCAAAUGUACGAUUAUGGCGCGUCGAAUAAUAUACGAAAAUAUGGCAAUAGUACUGCUCCUUUUUACGAUUUGACUAAAGUAACUGUACCGAUGGCUUUCUUUAGUUCUCCCGCAGAUUGGCUGUCAACUAGGUCGGAUCUACAAACCCUGAUACCUCUGUUACAAGACGUCAACGUACAUCAUGUGGUGAAAGCGAAUGAGUUCGGGCAUUUAGACUUUCUUUGGUCAGAAGACGCUCCCGACUUGGUUUACAAUUUUGUUCUGACAAUUUUGGAUCAA